GCAAGUGAACGGGAGGGGGGUGGGAAGGAACGGAGGGCGCUCCGGGCAACAGAAAGGGGCAGAGGCGACGGAGAAGGCGGGAGCUCCAGGCAGAGACGGAGCCUGAGACGGAGCCGUCGGGGAAGACGCAGGAAGGCGUCCGCGGGACCAGCGGGAGCAUCUGCCGCCAAGCAGGCGGAGAGGCAGGAGACAAAGGGGACACCCCCUUUUGCACACGUGUAACCCAAGGCUUCUUCUGCUCCCGAAAACAGCCAUUGUUGCCAACGCCUGAUAAAUUCUGCCGCAGGAAGGGGCUGUUGGUUGAAGCUCCCUUAGCUCUGCCUGGGACUUGAGUGGGUCUUGGAAGGCACUCGCCUCCCAUUGGCGAAUGGAGGACAGCGCCCUCUGCCCAUUUCACUCCCCCUGUGGCAUCUUUUGAGCCAACGCCGUCCUAGAUCGCUAUGGAUCCACCAGCAAUUACUGGAGAAGACAGAAGCUCGCCAGAGCCCAAAAUGACCCUGAAGCGGUACUUUGUGAAGGCUCUCCAUCGCCUCCAGAAGGGUCCCGGCUACACCUACAAAGAGCUGCUGGUCUGGUACUGCGAUAACACCAACACCCACGGGCCUAAGCGCAUCAUCCGCGAGGGACCCAAGAAGAAAGUCAUCUGGUUCCUACUGACCUUGCUCUUUGCCUCCCUGGUCUUCUGGAACUGGGGGUCCCUCAUCCUAACAUACCUGAGCUACGGUGUCUCUGCCUCCCUUGCCAUUGGCUUCAAGACCAUGACCUUCCCUGCCGUCACCAUCUGCAAUGCAAGCCCAUACAGAUAUUCCAAAGCAAAGCCCUACUUGCAGGAGUUGGACAACCUCAUUGACGCCGCCCUUGACCGAAUCCUGCAGCCUCCCAACGAGAACAUGACUGUGUCUAGCCCAACAAACUCCAGCCAGGAUCUGAACAUGCAGCUGUGGAACCAGAUCCCCCUAAUGCUCAUUGAUGAAAGCAACAAGACUCAUCCAGUCAUCUAUGACAUCCUCGGGAACCACUCCUCUUUUGCAAACCUAGAUGGCAAGAACUGCAAGCUGGCCUUAAAGCUGUGCACCAAUAACGGCACCAGUUGCACCUACCGGAACUUCACCAGCGCAGCCCAGGCAGUGACCGAGUGGUACGUCUUGCAGUCCACCAGCAUCUUGUCCCAGAAGACAGAGAGAGAGAGGAUUGAGAUAGGCUACAAGGCAGAGGAAAUGAUCCUGGCCUGUCUGUUUGGAGCAGAGCCUUGCAAUUACAAGAACUUCACCCACCUCUACCACCCGGACCACGGCAACUGCUACAUCUUCAACUGGGGCGUGGAGAAGAAGCCACUCAUCUCUUCCAAUCCUGGCGCAGAGUUUGGGCUGAAGCUGAUCCUGGACAUCAGCCAAGACGACUACAUCCCCUACCUCACCUCGACGGCCGGGGCCUGGCUGAUGCUGCAUGAGCAGAAGACCUUCCCUUUCCUGAAGGAUCAGGGCAUCUAUGCCAUGUCUGGGACAGAGACCUCCAUUGGCGUCUUGGUGGAUGAACUUGUGCGGAUGGGAGCUCCUUACAGCGACUGCACGGUGAACGGGUCAGACAUCCCUAUAAAGAAUCUGUAUCAAGACUAUCCUACUUACCAGGAGGAAACAGUGCCGACUGAGCCCUGCUCCAACUGCACCAUGGAAGACCGCAAGGAGAGCUCCACAGGAGCGGUCUACAGGACAACCUACUCCAUCCAGGCUUGCCUACGUUCCUGCUUCCAAGCUUGGAUGGUGAAGGACUGCAACUGCUGCCACUACUCCUUCCCUAGGGUCCAAGGGAAGCCUUACUGCAACAAUCAGGAGUUUCCAGACUGGGCAUAUUGCUUCUCUGAGCUGCGCAACCAACUGGAGAUCCGCCAGACCUGCAUCGAGUCUUGCAAGGAGACCUGCAACAACACCCAGUACAAGAUGACUAUCUCCAUGGCUGACUGGCCUUCUGAAGCUUCUGAGAACUGGAUAUUCCAUAUUUUAUCCUAUGAAAGAAAUAAGUCACGCGAUAUCACAGUGGACAGGAGUGGGAUCAUCAAGCUCAACAUCUAUUUCCAAGAGUACAACUACCGAACCAUUGUGGAGACGGCAGGGACAACUGUUGUCUGGCUUCUCUCAAGCCUGGGUGGCCAGUUUGGCUUCUGGAUGGGAGGCUCUGUGCUGUGCAUCAUUGAGUUUGGAGAGAUCCUCAUCGACUUUGUCUGGAUCACUAUCCUGAAGCUGAUUGGCUGGUUCAAGGGGCUGAGGAGAAAGCGCAGCCAGCCCCCGAAGCGGGACGCUCUUCCCACCGUGUCCGAGAGGGUGGAGGCUCACACCAACCUGGGCUUCCAAGGGGAGGAGGGGGAGGAGGGAGCCGAUGACAAUCCUGGGGACGACAACUUGGCCGCAGAUGGCGAGGCUGGGUCUGAACCAGGAACGCCACCUCCCCAGUACGACUCCCUCCGCGUGUCGGCCAUGGAUGUCAUGGAGAUGGAUAGCGAUGGGGAAGCAGAUCCAACUAAAGCUUAAUGCCCAGCUGAUGUGGAAGGGGAGCCAAGAAACCCCACUCUGUCCUCCAAGGGAGCUUCGUAGAAUUGCAGAAUGGAAGGGACCUCAAGGGUCUUCUAGUCCAUGCAGGAAUGCCCACCCAGACAGCCUGCUCCUUCUCCCUCAGCUCCUUGCAGCGUGGGACAUUUAGGGAUUCAAGAGUGGCUGCUAAUGCAAAGCCCUUUCUCCUUGGGCUCUUGGUUCAGCUUUUGUCCCGAUUGGAUUGCACAGAGGUCAGGGCAUGCCCAGUCUGCUUUGAGUGUCUGUUCCGCUUUGUUUACGGCAAAUGUGCAUUCAUUCUGAUUCACUUGCAUAAUCAAUAGUUCAUCAUCGGUACAUUUCUCUGUCACUAUCCUAACUGCCCAAAGUCUGUCUGUGGUGGAGGUCUCCCCCCCCCCCCCCCCGUGAGUUCGUUGUGUUAAAGUGGCAGAGCACUUUUAAGCACACAAACAUGUGCUGGACUCCCCCCUGCAAAACACUGAUCAGUUGGAGGUCUCCCAUUUUGCUCAUCUGCUUAGUUGGAGCAUCAUAUCUGGCUGGAGGAAUGUGCAUGGCUGCAGCUUCUGUGGAACCCUUUAGGGUUGGGCAGAGCCUGAGUUGUGGAAAUGGGGGUUAUAUUACAAAGCUCCGUCCAGACGCCUCAGUUAACCCAGCCAGGGCUGACGUUUCAGUGAUGCUGGAACCCUUUUGCUGCCUGCCUGAGCUGGCUAGCCAUGCACCUGACUCUCCUGUACAAACUGCUGCCCUCAAACUUUGGGGUUUUGAAGAUGGUGACACUGCAGGGAGGGAGAUUUUGUUUGGAGGGAGAGGGUAAGAGUCCUUUGCAGAAUACCAACUCACCUAUGGUGGAAAACAUUUUAUGAGUUGGACUCUUUGUGGGUGGGGUUUAUUUUAGAUGAAGAGAAGCAGAAGAGGAGUCCACCAUCAACCUGUGCUUGUUAGAGAGCAAUACAAGCAACCUCCCAUUUCCUACAGCUCAGGCCUUUCUGUGAGCUAACAAUAAACGAGACAGACAGAG